AUGCAGAACCUGUUGGUGGGGCCCCCUUUGGGGGCCCCCCAGGGACAGCAAAAGGCAGUGGGGGCCCCCGUAGAGAGCCCAGCUCCCGUGUCAGUGGAACGGGUAGACGUUAACAGCAGCAUCUGGUACUACAAAGACCCCAGCGGGACCCAGAGGGGCCCCUUCAGCAGCAAAGACAUGCAUGCUUGGUGGCAGCGUAACUACUUUGCUGAUGACCUUUUAAUGAGGUGGGGGCCCCACCUUCCCUGGCUGCCUUUCGGGCUCAUUUACCCCGCGGGGGGCCCCCAGCCCUUCACAACUUUGCCGGACUUGCAGGGCAUACGCCAAAGGCUCAUCCAGCAGCAGCAGCAGACCCAGCGGGAACGCCUGAUGCAGCAGAGGCAGCAACAGCAGCAGCAACAGCAGCAGCAACAGCAACGACGCAGGCAGCCAACCACAGCAGCAGCUGUGGCUCCUGCUGCAGCCCCAUCGACUUUCCGGCUCUGGGAGCCCCUGCUGCUGUGA